GGAUUCUGGUGAAUAUGUUUUAAAUAAAACCAAUUCAUAUAAAUUAACGAAUAUCAAAGUGCAGCAAAAUACCAAAAUUUUGAUCAUCUGUGAUAACAUAUAAAAUAAGCAUGAGAGCUGUCAUUCAACGGGUGACGUCUGCUAGCGUAACAGUAAACGAUGAACUGAUCAGCUCUAUUGGAAAAGGGAUCUGUGUCCUGGUUGGUAUAUCUAGAGAUGACACCGACAAAGAUAUGGAAUACAUUGUUCGAAAACUUCUCAACAUCCGGAUUUGGGACGGGGACAGCGGAAAGCGAUGGCAGCAAAGCGUGACUCAGAAAAAGCUAGAGAUUUUAUGCGUUAGUCAAUUCACUUUGUAUCACGUUCUCAAAGGAAACAGCCCUGAUUUUCACCAAGCAAUGGCAGCAGCAGAAUCUAAAGAAUUCUUUGACAAGUUUGUGGCUAAACUGAAGGAUGCAUACGACUCAAAUUUAGUGAAAGAAGGUAAAUUCGGACAUUAUAUGCAAGUAAAUAUUCAAGGAGACGGACCAGUAACAAUUCAACUGGAAUCGCCAAAACAAAGUUAACGAAUGUCAAGAUAUUUAUAUUUUAAUUUAAAGUUAUGUCUACAUACACAAAGACUAGCAAGUUUUAUUAUUUGUAAUAUUUAACAUUCGAAAUAUGGUAUAAAAGUUUAGUAUGAAACUACGAAAUCUAAAA